AUGCCAUUAUUUCCUUCUGUUAUUGCUAGUGCCAUGUCAUUCUCCACAUCACCUGCUCUCUGUCCCACCUUGCCAGCUGUUGCUAGUGUAUCACAAUAUCGAGUUGAAAUCAUUCCGAAUGAUCAGGGUAACAGAACCACACCAUCAUGUGUUGCUUUCACUGAUACAAUGCGCUUCAUUGGCGAUGCUGCUAGAAAUCAGGCUGCUCUGAAUCCUGUCAACACUGUUUUUGAUGUUAAAAGGUUGAUAGGAAGAAAAUUUACAGAUUCAUCGGUACAAAAAGACAUGAAGUUUUGGCCAUUUAAGGUAACUAAUGACAGUGCCAACAAACCUGUGAUUGCUGUGAAUUACAAAGGUGUGGAGAAACGAUUCUCACCUGAGGAGUUGUCGUCGAUGAUUCUCAUCAAGAUGAAGGAAAUUUCUGAAUAUUACCUCGGAAAGAAAAUAAAGGAUGCGGUUGUUACUGUACCUGCACACUUUAAUGACUCGCAGCGCCAGGCUACAAAAGAUGCAGGAAAAAUAGCUGGCCUCAAUGUGUUGCGUAUCCUUGUUGAACCGACAGCUGCUGCAGUUGCUUAUGGUCUCGACCAGAAGCUUAUAGGCAGUUCAGCUAGUGAGAAAGUUGUGCUGAUCUUUGAUCUUGGUGGUGGUACUUUUGAUGUUUCUCUGCUUAGAAUCGAAAAGGAUAAAUUUGAAGUUCUGGCUACAGCUGGUGAUACUCACCUUGGAGGCGAGGACUUUGACAAUCGUUUGCUAAACCAUUUUGUUGAGGAAUUCAAAAGGAAGCACGGGAAAGACAUUAGUACAAAUGCCAAGUCUCUACGAAGAUUGAAAAAUGAAUGUGAAAAGGCAAAGAGAAUUCUCUCUAAUAUUCCCAUGACUACUAUUGACAUAGAUUCUUUAUACGAGGGAAUUGAUUACAGCGGGAAUAUCACUCGUGCCAGAUUUGAGGAUUUAAACGUGGACCUGUUUACAAAUUGUAUCUCUAUUAUGGAGAAGUGUCUGAAAGAUGCGGAGAUGGACAAGAGCAGGGUCCAUGAUGUUGUUCUUGUCGGUGGAUCUACUAGAAUUCCGAGAGUGCAGCAGCUAUUGCAAGAAUAUUUUGAUGGGAAGGAGCUGUGCAAGAGUAUUAAUCCAGAUGAGGCUGUUGCUUAUGGUGCUGCUAUCCAAGCUGCUGUACUGAGUGGCGCGAGAAAUAAUAUUAUUCGGGAUAUAGUACUGCUUGAUGUUACUCCUCUGUCGCUUGGGGUUCAGAAAUUAGGUAAAGCUAUGAGUACUAUUAUUCUCAGGAACACAACAUUCCCCACCAGCAAAAAAAGAGAAUACUACACCGCCCGCGAUUAUCAGGAUUCCAUGUGCUUUCGAGUUUAUGAGGGAGAGAGAACACGUUCAACAGAUAACAACUUGUUGGGAAAGAUAACACUCCAUGGCCUCCCUUCUGCCCUGAGGCGCGAAGUUAAAGUUAUGGUUACGUUUGGCAUCGACGCAAAUGGGGUAUUGCAUGUUACUGCAGAGUGUGAGAAAGCUGGGGUGAAGACCGCCGCGACAAUAACAAACGACAAGGGAAGGCUUACAAAGAAUGAAAUCGAGAGGAUGAUACAAGAAGCCGAGAUUUACAGAGCCGAGGAUGAGGAGUUCAGAAAGAAGAUCAAGGCAAUGAAUAAAUACGAAGACUAUGUGUAUAAUAUGAGGAGUGUAGUCAGAGCUGUGUGUAAUCUUAAUGCAUCAACUAAGAAAAAUGCGGAGAAUGUUAUCAAGGAGGCUAUCCAAUGGGUUGAUGCAAACAGGAGGGCUGAAGUUGAAGAGUACAACUCCAGGAUGAGAAAACUGAAGGCUUUUUUCAGUUCUGUUAUUCCAAGCAAUGCUGGCAUCAGGAUAGAGGAAGUUGAUUAAUCCCUUUUCACUGCAAAAUUUCUCAUCUCAUAAUUCAAUUCUGUUAAAUGUGAAUUUUUUUUGGUUGUGCAUGUUAGACAACUGAACGAUUUAAUUUUUCAUAUGUAAUGGAUGUUUUUGGUUAUCUACUAAAUAUCAAAAGUUGGAGAGUAUUUAUAUAGACCAGUA